GGGGUAUUGGUGAUCCACUGCUACUAGAUAUGAAAGCCCGUUAAGCGAAAGUAUUUUAUAUUCCGUCCAGAACGUUUGAACCACUUCAACCAUUUGAGUAACGCGCUACCUGAUCUACGAAAGCGUGACUGCGGUGACAUAAGGCGAUUCGUUUGUACCGAUACUUGCAAAUAAAAUUUGAUUCAAUGAAUCCUUAUCCCCAAAACAUCUGGUGAAUUUUGAAUUUCUGGACAGCACUAUUCCUUUUAUCAAAAUGGAUCUUGUUUACAAGCUUUACAAAAAUCAGGAAUCCUCAUAUCUUCCACGUAAAAUCCUCCAAUCCCUAACAUACUCUUUCAUGGGAUUAGCUUCAAAGAUAGCCUUGUCACGUCAUCAGCUAAACGUUGUCGGUUCGGAACGCCUUUUAUUGGCCAUUGACAAAAGACCUAGUAAUCAGCCUUUGAUUACAGUCAGCAAUCACCAUUCGUGUCUUGACGAUUUUUUCUUGUGUGGUUCGUUGCUCAAACUUAGGCAUUUUGCUAAUGUAACCGUAUGUCGUUGGUGCUUGACAGCUGUAGAUAUAUGUUAUACAACUUCGCUUCAUACCAACUUCUUCUUCUGGUUCAGAGGAGUUCCUAUAUGGCGAAGGGUUCGUGAUCCGCUAUCUGGUAAAAUAACUCACUUUGGUGGGGGGGUUUAUCAACCUAGUAUGGAUUUUUGCAUCAAUUUACUAAAUUCUGGCCAAUGGGUACAUCUAUUUUCCCAGGUUUGUAAACAUGAUUAAGUUUAAAAUAUCUGGUAAUUAAUAUUUACGAUACCACAGCUGUGAGUUUAGUCGUUUUUAAAGUAGUUGCCUUUUUUAGUAUGCUAAUUUUUUUAGUUCAUGUUGUACUAAUUAUAUUCUUGCCAAAAUUAAUGAUUUCACUUUAUUUCUAGCAUAAUUCCAUACUAAUCUUUGCUUAAUUUCAUUUUCCAACUAUUUUACAUCAUUUUUAUUUCCUUUCUCUCUUUUCAACUUUAGUAGUGUAGAUUGUGAUAUUGUUCAGAAUAGUUCCUAGUGGUCAAGGUUCAUUCACUCUUUAUCUUCCUCUCGAUCUUGAAUCCAAUUACUCCUUCAUACUUACCCUUCCACUGUUUUUACGAGCUAUAUUUCAAAUGUUCACUUGUCUUCAUUAUAACUGUUACUACAUUUUUUUCGGCCUCUUGUGUAGUUUAUCGUAUAGAUUUCAUCUUUUAUGGUAUGUCAACUGGAGCCAACACAGCCCUUUAUCCGGCUCUAUGUUGAUAAUGAUUUGGUAAUUUAACAAUCUUCAUGUGUUAAUCAAUCAAUGCUUAGGGAAAAUAUCACUUUACGUACAUUUUUAAGCAUGGUAAAAGUAUAAUGAAGACAUAACUCGAUAGUUCGUUAUGAUAAGUUUAGCAAAAGGCAUUGUCCUUCAAGUUACCACCAUAUAACAGCACAUUUUAAAAUAUUGACCAAUGACCUGAAGUAUUCAUUAUUGCUUGACGGCCUUCCUGUCACUCACUCCACUUACUUUAAAACAUAGCAAUCUCACUACGUUCAGAUAUUUGAAAAUGUUUUACAGCACUGAUUCCGUUGGAUGCUUCUACUAAGCCGUAGUACUCAAAAUUGUCUAAACCCACUAAGUCACAGUGUUUAUGACUUCCACCGUUUGGACCUAAGGAAGAAUUUCCACAAAAAUUCACUAGUUAGUCUAUAUUCAAUUUUUUAUGGGAUCAUCUAGAAUAAGUGCCAUUUACCUUUUGUUGUUGUGAAUAAAACAUUUGCUAGGAAAUUACCAGUUUGUUAAGGCCCUUUUAAAAUAAAUCUUUGCUUUAUAAGGUCGGCAAAUGUAGAUAUAUUAUGAGUGAAGCCCUAAUCAUCAUUAUAAUUGUUAUACUUUAGGGGAGAAUUAUUCAACCUCAUGAACGUGGUUCUGAAAAAAAUAUUCGCCUGCGUUGGGGAAUCGGACGAUUGAUAGCUGAAUCAAAAGAAGUAAGCUUUCGUAAGUCCUAGGUUUAUAGUCUCACCUCACAUACAUUUUGCUCGUUCGUAAGCAAUUUCUAUAAAGUUUUGAUAGCAGUAUAGAUUGUCAAAAUAUUUCAUAAAUAUUGAUAGUUAGGAAAAUAACAGACGUUUGAUAUCUAUCAUAUCUUCAGAUAUCAGCGCAUUUAAAACGAAUUUUAUGUAGUCCCAACACGUAUCGCACUAUUCUAGUUCUGGCUUUGGGGGAAAUAAUCAAAGUAGCUAUAAAAAUAUGUGAGGUUGGGAAUUUUAGUAACAUAAUACUUAUGAUUGUGUUAUUUGCUAUGAAAUAGAUUCGGAUUGGAGUAUGAAAUAAGAUGCGAUAUGUGUACGUUCUAAUAAAGAUGGACAACUCAUUGGUGUGAUAAUGUGUUAGCAUUUCUGUUAAUUAUUUGCAAUCGCGAAACGAGACUUAGAUCAGAAUGAAAAGGAAGGAACUGAAUUGAUGUGGAAGUCAUCAGGAACAUAGUUGUUUUAAUUCAUCUACAAAAUACUUCUCAGAAAUGUUAGAAGGAAAUACCAAUUCGAAGUAGUCAAAUAAAUGUUUAUUGCUUCAGAUAACAUCAAGUUUUAGACAAAAAUGAGAAUAGUAGUUUCCAAUAAUGUUUAACUUUUAUCUAUCAGUUUUUUAGUAGUGUCUAAUUAGGUUUCUACAGAAUCUUGUUUCGUUUUCACACCUCAUUUCUUGUAAAUGGAAUAUUAUUGUAGAUCUUUUUAGGGAACACUGAAGAAUCCUGACAUUUGUUUCAUACUCCACUUUUUAGAUUGAGCCUUAAGUUCAAGAUGGUUUCACAAUUCCUCUCAGUUUUAUGUUUUCAGCUACCAUUGCUUAUAUGUGCAAAGAUCAACUUACAUUUUAAAUUCUGAUUUAUCUAUAGCACAAUAUAACCAUGGUACUUGUCGUUUGUAUCAUUUUUACUACUGACAAAUCGUCUAGUUGCUUCAAACGCGAACAACUUGUUCUGCCUCUUACGAGAAAAAAAAGCUUUUUUAAUAAAUUCUCAGCAGCUAUUAAUCUACUAGUUAAUACGUAUACUGCAUUGAUAUAUAAAUAUAUCCCUAUAUCAGUCAGCCACAAACAAUGUAGGACUUCAAAUGUCUCUGCACUGUCUUUCAGAAAAUAUUACUACUUUUUGUCGUUCUGUUUCUCAUUGAACCAACUGUCAAACAAAUUUCAUUUUGUAACUAUCGAAUUCAACUUUCCUAGAUAAAUGUAAUUCUAUCUUGUUUAAAUAUCUAAAAACCUCUUAUCAAAAUAACGAUGUGAUAUCUACGCACCCCAACCGUAUUCUUAAUAAACUGGUGCAUUCUAGCAUUUACCCGUAUGUAUCCAUUUUUGAUCUAAUAGACUUUUUAUCGAUGUGUUGACUAAAGUUAAUCUGACGCACAUAAACUCAUACCACUUAAAAACUUGAUUACAGACUAUCUAAUCAGCCUUAUGAAAUGAAAGUGCGUCUGUCAUAAGUUGAUUGAAUAAAAAGACUUCUUAAACGUCAAAAUAUUCGUUCUUCUUCCCUCAGGAUCCACUUGUAAUUCCUGUUUGGCAUUGCGGUCUAGAUCAACUAAAUCCUUCUGAGGUUCCAAAUACGUCUACUACGCUGUCAUGUAUAUUUGGAAAACCGCGUCAGCUGACUGUUGUAGUAGGUAAACCAAUCGAUACCCAUGGUUUACGUGAAGAAUUAAAGAAUAAUUCAUCUGAAUAUUUGGCCUCAUCAGAAUUUCGUUCACAUAUUCACUCUAUGUAUACUCAGGUUGUCCAAGAACAGCUAUAUAAACUCAAAGAAGAAGCCGAAUAUGAGCAUCAAAGACUAAAUCUGAUCUAAAAACUGUGAAUAGCUUUAUUAGACGUCUACUUUUUUACCUUAUAUUUUUAGAAUUGUCAUAAUGAAUAAAAAGUUUUUCCUACGUGUUUUCGCGUCCUGAUUGGCACAUGUUCACUGAAACCUACCGAUCUUUGCGGACUAGACAACUCGUUUUUCGUCCGAUUAUAUCGUUUUUCAUUUAAAAUCUAGUAAUCGGUAAAUCAAUUUCGCCACACCCUAUCUAUUUAGAUAGAUAGUUUUUUCAGUUGUCUUUUUUAUCACCAGAAGAUUUAGGAAUAAGAAUUGUGAUAGCAAUCUUUUUGCCACAGGCUGAAGUACUUGUUUGUUCAUUGGACUCGUUUAUAACUUCUAUCAAGUUAUACACUUAUAAAUACAAUGAGAACUGGCCAGGAUGUCUCCAUACUGUUGACCUAAAUCUCUGGUUCUUUAGUUAAGUAGACUAUCUUAUCAGCGUCUUUGGAACUUAUUUGCGAAAAAGCCGUUUUCCUUGCGAUAUACUUGGCUUUUUUGGAUCUUGAUUCAAUUACACGUCCUUGCGCUUUGAUGGAUUCCAACUUGAAACGUUUACUUCAGUCAAAAAGUUGUAGAUGCGUAUUAUGAUGAGUUCCGUAAAAAUUUCCUACUUUUUGAAGAGAGGAGUGUGCUUUUCGUAUGAUGUGUAUUAGGUGCGUUGUGUAUAUUUUUAUAUUUUAUGCUUACAAUCUGCUAAGGAUAUUAUUAGUCACCAAUUGGCCUCUUCAGAUUUACCAACGUCGCAGAGUAUCACUGUUAUUGUAGACAUGCCUUGCCGACUAGUCCAGGGUGUAUUCUCUUCCAUCACUCACUAAUGUUUAUCAGUACUUCAACUUGUCCACCUUGUUUUAACGACUAUCUUUUUUUUCUGUGUAGCUUACUCGUAAAUUAGAUAUCAGUAUAAUCAUCUCGUUAACUUUCUUAUCUAUCUAUCUCUUGGUGAAGCAGUGCCAAUUAGUUUUUAUUAGAUACAAUUAUAUCUCAGAAUUUAGUUUUAGAAAACCUCAUUUGAUCUAACAUCCACAGUAGCAUAAGUCUUCCACUUUAACCAAUCUAUUCUGUAGUGAUUUUAACAGAUAAGAUUAGCUCUGUUGUAUUACACUAAUUUGUCUUGAGUGUGAAUAUUAAAAUGUUGUGAUCAUGGAUUUUGAUACAUCUCUUAAAAUUAGUAGGAACUGAAGUAGAACAGUUGUUUAAAAAUCGGUCUUGACAAGUAGUUCUCAGUGUUUCUGGGUGAGCUUCUCGUCAUUUUACUAUCUCAAGUAAACUUGACCAUUUGAAACAACAUGGAAGAGCCGAUAUGACGGGAUUUAAAAGCAAGUUAUAUUCCGUUACCCAUUGUUAUUUUUGUCCAACAUUACUUCAGUUUUAAUUCAGUGUGAUGGUUACCCAGGGUAGUAUUUGUUUCGUUUUCCAAUAUAUUAUAUUCAGCAUAACAUCAAGUUAUUUGAGUGUGGCGUUUGUUCAAGAUACGGUAUUCUUGUAUUAAAUUAACGUGAACUAUACUCAGCAUGACAUACAGCAUGUAAUUUGUUACAACUCUAGGUAUUUUUCAUAUAUGUGAUUUCCUUCUAAUUAAUAAUCAACAUCUGUACAAUUAAUAUGUGAGUGCAUUUUCAACUAGGGUCGUCGUCGUGUUUUAGAGUUAAUAAAUCCUCAUUUCUAC